AUGGCGGAUGAAGUUGACCUUCGAGAGAAAAUACAGAAAUACGAGGAAUUUGUGAAUGACAAGUUAAGAACAGAUCUUGAAACUGUAAGGAAAAAUCAAGAGGAGGUGAAUUCAAGGAUCAGUGAAUAUUUACAACUGAAGAGUGUAAUAGAAAACAUUAAAAGUUCUGAAGAAUCCCGGUCAGGGAGAGAAUUAAAGACUCAAGUGGACCUUGGAUGCAACUUCUACUGCCAGGCGCGCAUAGCAGACCCAUCAAAGAUAUUAGUGUUAGUGGGCUAUGGAUUCUAUGUGGAGUUCACAUUGGAAGAAGCGCUUCGUUUUAUAGAGAAAAAGUGCGAUCAAUUAACUAUGCAUAGUCAAAAAUUGGGACAAGACUCUGCUAGGAUCAAGGCAAAUAUUAAACUUGUUCUGGAAGGGCUUAGAGAAUUACAGGGCCUUCGUCCAGUAGAAAAAGAACCUAGGCCUAUUUGGUGAAGGAAGUUUGGGAGCAAUUACUACAGAAUGCAGGGCCAAAUCGUAAGGACUUUCAUGGAAGUGGCUUGGUGGCUCCCUAGUAAAGACCAAUGUUUAAAGAACGAGAAAGAUAAAUAUUAAACGUUAUAAAGUGUUAGAUAGAAAUUAAGGUAUAUAGGUAAAAGGGAUGGUAUACAUUUUAGUAGGUUGGUGGCUUGGUGGUUCGUCAUUGGAGACUAGAGUCUUGAAGAGUGAAAAAGGUAUAUAUUUUAGUGGCCCAGUGGCUCAGCAGUCUCGACUAAAGAGCCACAGAGCCACUUGAAUGAUAAGGUCCUUUUAUUUCACUGAUGAGCUACCGAGCUACUCGAAAGAAUAAUUCCAAAAAAAAUGCUCUCUAUUUUGUAUUUAUGCCAAAGAUUGCAGGAAGAUCAUCAUGUCACUACAGUUGAACUUCUCUACAAUGGCCACCUUGGGGACAGAACAAAGUGGUCAUUGUAGAGAGGUGGCCGUUGAAGAGAGGUUGAAACAAGAGUGAAUGUAUGGACUGUUGGCCAAAAAAAUUGGCUGUUGUAGAGAGGUGGCCGUUGUGGAGGGGUGGCUGUUAGUGAAGGUUCGACUGUAUUAAGGACUGCACAGGUCAAAACUUCAAGGUGACCAGUUGGUGUGGUGUGGAGGAAAGAAUCAAAAUAAAAUCUAUGGGGAACUCAUGGGUGCCUUGUUUGAUAAAAAGUCAAGCAAUAAAAUAAAAUAUUUGUUUCAAGUUGAAAUGAUAUAUCCAAGAAAAAUUCUUGGUGCCUUGCAUGUACCUGUCAUGACACGCUUUGCUUAUUCACAAGUUCAUGUUCUCAAAAUAGCCACUCCAGAGUUCGAGAUCAGCUACUGUAAUCUAACUACAUUAUUUUUUAGUUACUAUUUUUAUUAUUACACUAAAAAUGCUGACUGUUUUUUGGCCUUUAUUCUUCCUUCUUACCCUCGCCCCCGCUCUUAUCUUUGACCUCUGUUCAGCUUUCAUGUAACCUGAGAUCACGCUCUAUUUUCAUUUUGCUUGGUAAAUGUAAUUCCAACAUGCGACACUUAAGGGCAACUGCCAAAAGUAACCGUUACUUUUGGCAGUUGCCUCAUGAUUGCCUCGUAAGAGGCACGAAACUCUGAUUAGCAAUAAGUGUUCAAGAUUUAAUCCAGUUCCAUCGGUCUAUAUGUAUUCUGCUCUAGUUCAACUAUUGAGCACUCUUAUAGUCGAUGAGGACGUCACUCUGGUACUUCAUUACAAAUUAUCGUUGAUAUUACCUGAUAAGUGUGGUCAUCUUUUGGCCAUGCGAAACAGAGCUAGUAAUAAAACGACGCACUUCCUCUGAAGUCUUGAACCAGUUUAUUAUAUUUAUAUACGUCUCUCUAUAUAUAUUUAUUAAAAACUGAAUCAUUGGAUGAUGCAAUUCUCGUGCUCUGAUUAGCUUAGCUCUCCAAAUAUGGUAGCACCGUGCUGCUCCCUGCAGGCUAUCCUAAACAAGGUCCAAUGUCCUUUGUCCUAAUCAAGGUAAUAAAAUUGAGGGUGUUGUCCUUAACAGGGUAUGUAUUUUGGGACUUUUUUUUCCUAAACAGGGUCAGAGUCUCAAAUCCUCAGUGGCUCACCAAUACCCAAAUAUUGAUCGAGCACCCCACACCCCCCUCCAGGGGACUUUUUUCUUUGGCAGAACAGCGAAGCAUCUAGACUUAAUACAAGUCGACCUCUUGGACUGGAGAUUAAAACCUCUGAUUUUGUGGAUGUGAAAAAGCCGAGAAAUAUUUUUAGUUUUGUUUAUAUUUUUUCAUGUUUUCCCUAGAUAUUUUAAAAGACAAUACCAUUCUGCAUUCACAGCAGUUUCCAAGGAUACAAAGCUCUAAACUUGGCAUGUGAAAGGGGCACCAUUUGUCAGUGGAAGGUAAAUUAGCCAUUUUCUGUCAAAAAUGAUAUAAAAAAGUUAAGGGGUUAGACCUCAGGGUGGAACCUCUCCGUUUAAAACUUUGUUGAUUACCACCCCUCCCCCGCUGAUUUUUCUAAUCGCGCUCCACAGAAACGAGGCGAGUGACCCCUGAACCGUUUGCAUGUGAUCCCAUCACGUAUGUGUCCCGGCCUCACGAAAAACAUCAACAACACUUCUUGACCAACAAAGAAAAUGCUGUAUCAUCGCCCGUCCGCAAUUGGGCGUGCGAUAGUUUUUGGGGAUUGUGUCAUUUACAUCACUUAAUCAUGCUCAGUUCUUGACUCACAAGUUUUUUUCGAAUUUAUUUGAUGGUACAGAAUUAUUGUGUGAGGCAAAACAGCCGCGUUAAUUCAAGUUGAUAAAUAAUGAUACCAAGAGUUUGCUCCCGUUUCUCCUGGAGUUUUUCUAAAGCCAUCCUUCGAAGAUCAAAUGUAUCUGGCUUGCAUUUUCUACAACGUCGAUAUGUGCACGAGGAACCCAAAGUGAAGAUUCCAGAUUUCUCGCAGGAGUUUAAGGGAAUGGAUGCUUCUUUCCCUUGUCUCACGGAACAACCCACGCGGUACGUGACAAUAACAGGCAAAUUGUUCCAUGCUUUGUCUGCUUCACCGGUUAAUUGUUUGCCUUAUGGAAUUCUAUCUACCAUAUAAAAUUUAAUUAUCGCUUCAGCGAGGUAUAUUGUUGGUAGUUUCAUAGUAUUUUAAUUCCUAGAUAUCAGUAUCUAGCGCCUGAUUGCACAUUUUCCUAGUAGGGGUAUUUUCAAGAAAGCCUUGUACAUUUUGGGGGAUGGGGAGGGGGGAGGUAAGGAGGCUCCCACAAAGGUAGGGUGAACCUAUUAUAAAGGUGGAUUUCUACUGUGGUGUAAUAUUUAUUUUUAUGUGGGUAAUAAUAAAAUAGAGGCAAUGUAUGAGUGUCGCAUAAAUGUAAAAGUUGAGUGCGGUUCAACUUUUAUGUUUACAUGUGACCUUUCAUACAUGCAUUGCCUCUAAUGUAUUUAUGCAUGAAAUUUUAGGGGCAUACACACAUACAAAGUAAGUGACAGUGGAAAUCCAUCCUUAUGAAGCGAGGGAAAAUAUUAGAAAUCAUUUGGGGACAGGGACUACAUAAUAAGUAGAUGAAGAAACCAACGUAGCUGCUGAUCUGAUAGACUGCUGGCAGUCACUCUGGAGUGCCUGGUUUCAAAAUGGGUAUGGAUUUUAUUUAUUUACCAGCUUUUCUGGACACAGGCCUGCCCAGAGGGAAUGUGCACGAACGGGACUCAGGUCCCAUGCAAGGUGCUAUCCCUACCCAAUCCCACAACCCAUAAAGGUUGGCCACACCACCGGGGUCUACGACCCCUACUUUUUUCCAAAUAGUGAUGUGGGUUCUUUUACCUUCCACAAGAACAAAUCAGUGAAAGUGCUGUGAGACAGGACCUACGGUUUUUUGUCCUUAUCUGAGACAACUAGAAAGUCUAACCAUUUGCAGAUGUCAUUACAAAGGCAGCACUUUCUUCUCAGUUAUUUAAAGACCCUGAGUGUUGGUCCGGCCGGGGUUUGAACCCGCGACCUCCUGCUCAGCAGACUGGCACUCUCCCAACUGAGCUAACCAGGUGGCGGUUUUUGGGUCGAGGGGCCGUUUCUCGAACAUCCCAGUAAUUAAAUGGCCUGGAAAGCUGUUGGUUUUUACAUUCAAGACCAAGGUUUCAAUAGCUUUGCAAAUAAUAUGAUAAAACUCUAACUUAACAAAACAAAAUGGGCUGGGUUGUUAGUGGGGACCUGGGCUUUUAUUUCUUAGGUCUUGAUUUGAAUAUUUGAUCCUCGGCCUGAAAAAUUACCCUGUCUUUCGAGAUAUGGGCCACUGUCUGAAAAUGGGUUUGGAAAACUAAAGGGCGGCAUGUUUUAGUCAGAAGUAGGGUCAGGAUUUGGUGAACCAAUAGUACAUACCCACCAAUAAUAUUAUUCUUAUGAUUACCCCUUCCUGGGGUAGGAGUGUUGUUUUUACUGGUUGGUAUUCUAAGGAGUGCAUGAAAGGUCUCAAAGAAAAAUAAAUUGCAGAAAAUGUGCCAGGAAGAUGUCAACAUUUUCACGACAUGACAAAUGGUCCCGAGAUGUAAAUAUCUGUAAGAAAGAAGUUGCUCUUCAUGUUAAGUUCUACUUGGUGUUUAAAGAUAUUAAACAGCAUUUAACUUUUCCCUUGGUUUCAAUAGGUUGAGUUCUGCUGGUGUUGAUCCAGUAUACUCCAAAAUAAAUUCAGGUUACAAGACAUAUCAUCAUGACCGCCCAUUUUUCUUCAAGUACAAUGAUGGCAUUAUACCUCAGCUAGAAGUUGCAUAUGAAACCUGGGGUGAGUUGAAUGAAGCAAAAGACAAUGUGGUCCUUUUGUGCACUGGCCUGUCUGCUUCAUCGCAUGCUAAGAGUCAUUCAGUAAGUACUCGCUUUUUCACCCAUCAGGUUCUGUCUGUAGUAUGCACAGAUCUGGGAAAAUAAUUUUGCCAGACAAUGGAUUUGGCUGGUUUGUGGGACUUAACAUUUGCGUCCAUACUGAAUAAUGUUGUAGUUGUUGUUCUCCUAUUAAACAUUAAGUCAAAAUAAAGUUACAGUAUGUUGAAAGGAAAACUAUUAACAAGCUCCCCCUUCGAUUAAUUACCCUUCUUCCUGAAGUGCCCCUCCAUUUAGCCAAAAAAAUUUGAAUAAGUACCCAGGUACUUAUUCGUGGAAAUAGGUUACUCAUGAAUAUUGAAUAUUUAUUGUGUACCUUGCUGUCACAUACACUGUAAUGCAAAAUUGUACAAUGUAAGUUACUGGAAUGUACAUGUAUUUUAUGCAGGACAAUACCACACCAGGCUGGUGGGAGAACUUUAUUGGCCCUGGCUGUGCUUUGGAUACCGAUAAGUUCUUUAUCAUUAGCUGCAACAAUUUAGGAGGAUGUUAUGGUACUAGGUUGGUAAUUGUCAAAUUUGUUGUUCUUGAAUUCUACAUUAUUUUGUAGCUAACCUUAGGAUGUCUGAAGAUAAUAUAAUAUGUUUACAUAUAUUUUAUUCAUUUAUUUUUUUUUUACAGUGGACCUUCAUCAAUCAAUCCUUUGACAAACAAGGUAGUUUACUCUGCCUCUGUUUUAUUUUAUUGUUUAUUAUUUUUGUUGAACAUGUACCUGACGACUUGUCAAUUUCUGCUGAUAGUGCCCACCCAUCAGUCAAUCACCCCUGUAGUAUUUUUCAGUGUUACAAGUAAACAACACUUUUGAACAUACACAUAUUUCUGAAUCAACGUACUAAUAACUAACAAAUGGUAAAUGGCCCAGAGUGUACUAUUGAGUUGUAGUUGCAUGCAGGAGGUUGCUAUUAAUUAAAGCUUAAAAGAAGCGUAAGAGUUGCACAAGGCAAUAGCCAAGUGCGACUCUAGCUUCUUGAGUGCUUACCAAUCCUCCCAAGUGCAACUAUAACUCAAUAGUACAUGCUGAGCUAUUUUACAUAAUCAAAAGAGAACAACUUUUAAUUUUGCUCACAAAAAGCAGGGGAAUGAUGUGAGUGCUGUAAUCUGCCCGAGCUAUGGCAUGUGCAAAUUAUUCUUUGCAAAUUCUUUUCUUUCGAAAAAGAUCGUUUUGCUGAGUAAUUAGUUCUCCGUCUCAGUUUUACAUUAUCUUUAGCGUUCUUUUUAAACUUUCUAUCAGUAAUGAAAGAAAAUCUUUGUAAACCAUGAGGUUAAAAAAAUAUAGUUGCAUAGAAAAUACUGUGUACGGCUUUGAGUGUGCGCUAGCUUUCACCACCACUCACUCAUGGGCAAAUAGUAAAUGUCACUAAAAAUGACCAAUGAGAGUGCUCACUUUACGUUUGUUAUGUUAUAAUUUUCUUUACAGCCUUAUGCCACAACCUUUCCCCUUGUGAGUGUUGAUGACAUGGUUCAUGCCUUCUUUCUGACCUUGGAUUCAUUGGGAAUAGGAAAGGUUUGUGUAACAGUAAAACUGAUUUUUUUUCUUGUAUUUUUUAACCACUUUUUUCUUAAAACAUGUUCCCAAUUUUAUUGAUUACAGGUUCAUGCUGUUGUAGGCGCAUCUUUGGGAGGCAUGUCAUCUCUGAAUGCAGCAGCUCUGUAUCCUGAUAGAGUAGGAAGGUAAGGGUGGUAUUCACUCUGAUAUAACACCAGUAUGGCUUACAAAUUGCAGCUAUAUAUAGCUGACAAGCAUAAUAUCAUAAUUUAUUUGCCGAUAAUUUAUUGUUUUAUACAUUGAUCGUGGGGAUAGGAGCAGUAACAGUAAAACGGAUCCUAGCUGCCAGGUAAGCAGGAAGGAACAGGGCUAAGGAGAUUGUGGCUUAUAAGCAUUAGAGAAAAGAGAGCACUUACAUUAGCUUGACGUUGUAAGAAAAUCUUAGUAAUGGUAGAUAUGGGGGAAUUUUUUAUGGUGUUAAAGCUUUUAUGCCAGUGUUUGUUACUUACCUGGAGUUUGUACAUCCACUUACAGUAAAGUACUGCCCAGCACCCCUAGGCUUUGAAGGUGCAGUAGUGUAAUUUGAUGGUGUGUGAGGCCACUGUCUUUGAUGCUGUCCCACGGGGACAGCAGGGAGCUUUCACAGGGGACUUAUGCUAGUGUCAAACUGGGAUAAAGGAGCAUACCUUAUGCCCCUCAGUCCAGUCCGGAAUCCCCACUUUGUUUGACCCAAUGUCCAACACUCACUUCUAGAUAUGAAAUAGUUACAUGUAUAAUAAUAGCAGAUGUGUGAAGUGUAUGUUCUUGCAAUGGGCAGCUGAUUAUCUUUGUCCUCUUGUGACUGUCAUUGAUAACAGGUAGGGGUCCACAGGGACUCACAACCUCCUAGCUAGCAACACUCUUGCCUCACCUCACCAGCUUUUUAUACUCUCAGGCCAUGUUUGGGACUGGUGCUUCUAGAAUCCUGUUUUCAGAGUGGUUGCUACUUUUUAUGAAGUUUUUAACAAGUCUUUAAUUUUUGUAGAGUGGUAACGAUAUCUGCUUGUGCCCAGUCACAUCCAGCAUCAAUAGCUCUCCGUUAUGUGCAGCGUAGAAUACUGAUGAGUGACCCCAACUGGAACAAAGGCUUUUAUUAUGAUGGACCCUAUCCAAGACUUGGAAUGAAACAUGCACGGUCAGUUAGGCUCAACCUAACAUGUAAUGAUUUGAUUCCUAGCUCAGUGGGUCGUUCAUUUCUCACUGACUUUAUAUUCCAUCUAGUUUUUCCUUUCUUAUUGAAAUUGUUUUAACCCGGCCGUUAUUUUAGUAAACAGCUAUAGUCCUAAUUUUUGUAAGAAAACAAAAUUCUGAAGAAUUGUUUUAGUUGUAGUCAAGAGAGGUCCUAUCAUCUCUUUAGCCUGCAUAAUAGGCGUUAUUUUUUCUCCUUUUUCAAUGAGCUAAGGCAAGUGCGAAGUGAGUGAGGAGUGCCAGACACGUGAGAUGGUGGAAGGCGCGUGUCUAGAGCUCCUUGCUCGCUUCGCGCUUGCCUUCGCUCCCCUGAAAAAGGAGAAAAUUAACGCCUGUUAUGCAGGCUACUUUGUUGUAAAAUGAUGUCCUCUUGAAAGGUCUUGUUGCAUAACAAGGGUUCCCGUUUGACUGCAUGUUCAUGCAAACAUUUGGAAAGAGAGACCGUAUUCAUUGCUUUCGCCCAGAUUGUUGUAUCUAACUCUCACGGAAACUCUAGCUGCGUUAGUUAAGGCUCAGUUAACAAAGCUGAUUGAUGGAUUGUUUUUCAAUUAGAGAAGUGGCUACGAUUUCAUACCGCAGUGGACCUGAGUGGGAGCUGAGAUUUGGGCGGAAACGUAUUGAUGAUCCCCCUACAAUAUCACCAGAUCUCUGCCCUGAGUUUGAGAUUGAAAGUUAUCUCGACUAUCAGGUGCGACUUUUAUUACACGCUAAAACGAAAAAAAAAAUUAACCUUAUGCAUGGUAUAAGAGAAAAACGACCCAACUCGUAACCUCUAAGCUGCGAUUGGGUAUGUAUUAUUUUUGACACCAUUAAUUUUUUAGGUUUUGUAGCAAGAGUUCACUUGAAAAACAACUCCAAAAAAAGGGGCACUUUUGUUCAUAUUUUACUCCUUAAUGAGCAUUUCCUUGAAUUACUCUUCUUAGUGCCACGCAGCUCACUGUUUUUUUUAGUGAAGAGCUCACCUGGCUAAUCAGUUGUAAACAUUUGCAUUUGCCCUCGCCUCGCAUUGUGGUAAUACUGACGCGCAACGCUUCAAGCAAACGUAGGCAAUAAGGAAACCAGAGACGAGACGAAAAAAUAAUCGUAGGUAUAAGGUGAUGAAGCAACUGAGUAUCUAACGACAAGCCGACCAAACUGGCAGGGGUCAAAGUGACCUGAGGUCGAAGUAACGAGCCGAAAGAACAGUUCUUAAGGGGAGGCUAGUGAGGUGAUGCUUUUUCAAACUUUGCGUCACCGUUUGUGAGCGAAAGUCGCGGAAUUGGCUUAUAGUUCCAUUCCAGGUUUCACCGAGUGUUAUUAUGAUUUUGAUCAUAUCACUGCACUUGUCAUAUAGCAUAUUGAUAAUACUGUCAAAUCCUGUGAAAUAUAAGUAGUUUAGAGAGGGCUUCGUUGUCGAUGUCGUGUCUUUAGAGUGACGGUUGAGAAAAUCGAAGUCAGUUGAUUUAUUAACCGAGAUUUACCGUUACAAAUGUGUUUUUUUUUUCAUGUUGUUUUUUUCUGCUUUACCAGGGUGAUAGCUUUUGCCUCAAGUAUGAUCCCAACUCGCUGCUGUACAUAUCAAAGGUAACCAUUGGGCCACCGUGCCUCUCAUCCCCUUUUUGUAAUGAGACACAUCCCUUCUGAGACACGUCUUAAUGUGACUGCAGUUGAAAGCAUUAUUUGUUUCCUAAUUCACUUGACAGGCGAUGGACCUGUUUGACUUAGGAGAAGGCUUCAGUUCUCUCUCGGAAGGAGUGGCAAGAAUCCAGUGCCCGACUCUGGUAGGUACUGGGCAGCGAGUCAUGGAAGCAUUUUCUUGUGUUUUUUUUUCUCUUACUGAGAAAAGUUUUGUUUAAAAAAGUGGAGGUUAUUUCACCUUUUGGUGCUGAAGGAUGCCGGCCUAGCCUUGUUGUAUUUAACCAUUAGGCCACCUCCCCUCCCAUCCUCUCUUUGUAAUGAGACACAUCUUACUAUUUACCUGCUUCUUCUCUUUGGGGGUGGGGGUGGGGGUGGGGGUGGGCGUUGAGGAGGAGAGAACGGGGUACCUGGACAUAGACCGGUUUAUCUUCAAGUCAUAACCGUUUUUUUCUCUAAUUCGUUCAUAGGUGUUGGGAGUACAGUCGGAUGUUCUAUUUCCAGUUACACAGCAGAGGGAACUGGAGACUCUUCUUAAGGAAGCUCGUAAGGAAGGAAUAAACAUUAAUUGUAACUUGAAGCAGGAUUUACUAUAUUAUGUUAUACUCAACUAAAGGAAGAAGAUCUUUCAUUCAUUGCUCACAAUAAUUAUUCGUUACUCUGGUAAAGUAGAAAUGUCUGCAAGGAAGAGCUGAUACCAUAAAUGUUGAGAAAGUUUUUUGUCAGCAGAGAACUCAGGGUACGACUAAACUACCAUCUUAGGAACUUAAGUCCUAGGCUUCGUAUUUGGGACACCAUUCUGAACACAAUUAUAUCUUGACUACUGUUUGGUAUUUGAGCUAUUGUAUAAAUCUUAGUUAAGGUGGUUUAAGUGUCCGAGUGUGCUAUUGUCUAGAGCACUGCUCUCCUUCUUUCAGAUAACCAUGACGUGACAUAUUAUGAACUUCCUUCUAUUUAUGGUCAUGAUACAUUUCUACUUGAUGUCGUUGCCGUUGGAGCGGCAAUUAAGGUAAGUCACGUGGUUGAAUUUUAAGACACAGUUUAAGACAUACACCGGCUCAUCAAUGGACGAGAGCUCUUCUGUGCUUUUUAAGGGAGUUCUGUUUGGAAUCAGUAAUGGGUAAAAGUGUAUAUCAGGCCUUAAUGGACCUUUAUAAGGCCAUAUAGCAAGAUUCGUUUGGUUUUUUUUUUUCUCAUUCCGACCAAACCACGUCAUGUAACGAUAAGUCUUGUCAAAAUGGUUGCGUUUAGGCAGUUUUCGGUAGGAUGUAGCUUUUUCUGAAAUUAAGCUCAGUUAGCUGGCCAGUUACUACUGCCGGAAUUUGGUUAUUUAAAGGCCACAGAUUUACAUCUUUUCAUUCCUUUUGUUUACUGUUAUUAGGGUCACAUCGAAACAGACCUGAAGAUUCACGGGGAACGCAAGCUUCCCAUCGUGAACAAGAAGAAGGAUUGAAACCUUAAACGGCAUUGGUGACCUCAAGUCGAGACCUCUAAUGCUGCUUAACUAGCGCACUUUCAAAUAGGGUCACAUCGAAACAGACCUGAAGAUUCACGGGGAACGCAAGCUUCCAAUCGUGAACAAGAAGAAGGAUUGAAACCUUAAACGGCAUUGGUGACCUCAAGUCGAGACCUCUAAUGCUGCUUAACUAGCGCACUUUCAAUAUGGUUUUUCUUUAAGUAUACUGAAUGCCAAAGAACGUCAGUCAGUCAGUCACUCACUGCUCAAUAAUGUACCAAGUUCUGCCUUAGACAACAAAACCUAACAUGUCCUACUUGAUUAUUUAAAAGCGAUAACAGAAUUUUGACCGCCAUGCCACUAGCAACAAUAGUAACGCCCCUUUAUUCAAAAUCAUUUACGGUAAAAACGACGCAAAGAGCAUUGUGCCACCAGAGGCAGGUGACGCAAUAGGCUCAUUCACAGAAUUUUAGACUGAGGUGAAACGGACAAACAUACAAACAAACAAAACAAAAAACUAAGCGAAAAAGUAAAGAAAUUACAUCACUUUCGUAUGAAUUCAAAGAUAAUUAUACGUAGAUAGUAACUCCAGUGAACUAAUGCGUUUUUUAAAACGGCUUCUUAUGUGAGAACAAAAAAAAGUACGUUAAUAUUAUGAUAGAUGAAAUUAAAAAUAGCGUUGAGGCUAUAACAGUGUUGUAAGUAUUAGGCAAAGGGGUAGUCUGCGAAUACAGCCGUGUCUCCUCGUUCCUCGUCGCUAGGGACGCUUCGCAGAAGAGGCAGAAAUUCCAUACUGAUGACGUAAAAUCUGUACGGAAUCUGUUCAUGCGAAACGUCCCGAACGGCGAGGA